AUGUCAUUACGAUCACCAUCUGAUUUAGAUUUUGAAAAAACGACUUGUAUAAACAUGAGUUUUGGUUUAUUUCGUAAUUUUUUUCCGAAAAAACCUCAACACCAAAUAUCCGAAAUCUCAACACCAAUAAGUGUAACAAAAAAUAUUCAUGUUUCUUAUGAUCCAAAUACAAAUACAUUUCAUGGUUUGCCGCAUGAGUGGGAAGAUCAAGUGAAAAAUUUAUUUGCUCACUCCAAACCUGAAGAUAAAGCUCGAGUUAUGACUUGUGCAUUAAAAGUUAUUCAACAAACAAUUCGUGAAAGUCGUAAUCAAACAAAACAUAUGCGUAUUCAAGAUACAUUUCAUCCCGAUGGUAUAUCAUAUGAAUCAGCUGAUGAAUUAAGUGAAACCGAAAGUGAUCUUAGAUCGUCACAAGAAAGAUUAAAUACUAAUGGAUCAUUCUCAUCACCAUCUACAGAUCCUUUUGCGAAUCGUUCUGGUUCUAAAAAAUAUCCUCCUGGUAUCUCACCUGCACAUACGAAUACAAAUCCAUCUACAAAUUUUUUUGAAGAGCUUAAACUUGCUACAACACGUCGUAAACAGAGUUUAGAAAUAUCUAAUGGCAGAUCUGAUGAUGAAGAUCAUUCACCAGAAUCUAAUAGGUCAGCUAAUUCUCGUCCGACAACACCUGUUGCAAAUCAACUUCAAGAAGUUGGUGUUAAUAAUCUUGUCUAUCAAAUCAAUCGUGAUACACUAGUUAAUGAAACACUUGAUAAUAUUCAUAGUAGUGAAAAUCUAAUAACAUCAUCAUUGGCAAAACCUACUCAUAUUCAUCCUACUGUUCCACCUCCUAUUCCUGUUCGUCAUCAUGUUAAUGAUGAUACAACAGUAAUGAAUAAUAGCAAUGGAAAAUCUCGUAAACAAGCCGAUCAACCACCGGAAUUACCACCAAAAACUGCUCGAGUCACGGCUGCAGCAGGCAAAAUUGCAUCUUCUGUUCAUCCUAUUAUACCUACAACCAAAACAAAUCCAGUUAUUAAUAAAGAAAAUCAUCAAGUAGUAACAACAGAGUCUAAAUCAGUAUCACCUCCACAGCAAGAAAAACUUGUGCCACGACAUAAAUUAAAAAAUAAUCGACGAAAAAUGACAGAAGAAGAAGCUAUCAAAGAACUUGAACCAAUUGCUGGUAAAGAUGAUCCAAUGGCAAGAUUUAUUAUAAAAAAAAAACUUGGUUCAGGCGCUGCUGGUGAUGUUGAUUUAGCACUUGAUACUAAAACAAAUACAAAAAUUGCCAUAAAACGAAUGCUUUGGUCAAAACAACCACGAAAAGAAUUAAUUGUUAGUGAAAUUCGUGUUAUGAAAAAUUGUCGGUUUCGUUCUAUUGUUAAUUUUCUUGAUUGUUAUUUAAGACCGAAUGAAUUAUGGAUUGUAAUGGAAUAUAUGAAUGGUGGACAACUAACACACAUUGUCGAACAGACAGUGCUUGAUGAAGGUCAAAUGGCUGCUGUUACAAAAGAAUGUCUCGAAGCACUUCAAUUUCUUCAUAGUAAAAAUAUAAUUCAUCGUGAUGUUAAAUCAGACAAUGUUCUCGUUGGGUUUGAUGGCUCAGUUAAAUUAACUGAUUUUGGUUUUUGUGCUCAGCUCGCUAAUACGGAAAGCUUACGAACAACAAUGGUUGGAACACCUUAUUGGAUGUCUCCAGAAGUGAUUAAAAAACUUAAAUAUGAUCGAAAAGUUGACAUAUGGUCAUUAGGCAUUUUAAUGAUUGAAAUGAUUGAUGGAUCACCACCAUAUAUAAAUGAACAACCAUUUCGUGCUAUGUGUAAAAUAGCAAUGCAAGAAGAACCACCAACAAUAACUGCUGAAUCACAAGCACGUAUAUCAUCUGAUACAAUGAAUUUUCUUAAACGUUGUCUUACGAUUGAUCCUCAACAACGUGCAGACACAUACGAACUUCUUCAACAUUCAUUUAUUAGACGUGCUAAGCCACUCUCAUCACUUAUUCCAAAUAUAAAAGCUGUUUGUAAGAAUGAUACUGAUUGA